CUAUCUUGGUUUAGUUAUAAAUAUAUUUGACUGCAAGCAUGCAAGCUCUAUACAAAAAAUGUGCUACGCAGUUGGCUAAGUGAGAGAGAAAGUCUGACAGAUUCACUUCCUGCUGUGCAGUUUAAGUUGAAGGGAAAGUCUGUCAGACUCACUUCUUGCUACACGAGGCUACACUUUCUAAAUCAUGGGCAAACUGUCUGUCUUUUUGUUUGUUCUUUCCUUUUACACCAUUGUUAACGCAGGUUCAGGAUCACAUUCUCUGUGGGCACAUGCAACAUAUAUAAGUGGAGAGACGCCUUUCCCUGAGUUUAUGGUUGUGGUGAUGUUGGAUGAUGUUCAAGUGGGUUACUAUGACGCCAUCAAUAAACAGACUGUAUUCAAAGACAAAACCGAGGAUGAUGAAGCUCAGGACGCAGCUUAUGUAUUUGGAGAUAUAUACCAGGGGAUGAAAGACAGAUCACUUGAACUAAAUCACCACUUUAAUCUCACGGAAGGUUUUCAAGUUCAGCAAAGAUGGACUGGCUGUGAGAUGUUUGACAAUGGUGAACCGGCCUUGGCCAUGUUGAAGAACAUUUUCAAUGGCAUUUAUGAAGAUUAUGCGGUAUAUUACAACAUCACACAUUAUAAAUAUAAUGCUGGUAAAAUACUACCAGGAUGGGAUGGGAUUACACAAGCAUACAAAAGAACACUUUGUGAGAAUGUUUACUUUCCCAUUUGCAUCAAAUCACUUAAGAGAUUCCUGAAAAGAGACAAACACUUUGUGAUGCGUAAAGUGCCUCCCAGACUCAGGUUGAUAAAGAAAGAGGUUUCUGGAGGGCUCCAGGUGAGCUGCCUGGCAUUUGGUUUCUACCCCCGCCACAUCAACCUGACCCUGCUGAGAGACGGCCAGCCAGUGGCAGAACAGGAGCUGACAGGGGGGGAGGUGCUGCCUAGUGGAGAUGGGACCUACCAGCUGAGGAAGAGUCUAGAGGUCAGUACUGAGGAGCUAAAGAAGAGACACAACUACACCUGUACUGCCUCUCACCUCAGUCUGGACGACAAGCUGGAUGUCCGUUUGAAGUCUGGGUUAAAGAGAGUACACCUAUCCACACUCUUAAAUCUACUGGUGAUGCUGCUGAUUGGUAUUCUAUUGGGCAUUUUGGGCAUUUUCAUUUGUGUCAAAAGGAGGUGGAGAUGCACUGCCUCCAUGUCUAAACUUGCCAACUUUGAAGCAAACGUGCCAGAGGAAAUUAACAUGUCUUCAGAUUCUGAGACCUAAUAUGUUUUUGGGACACUGAUGCAGCUUUGUCAAUUCAGCUCAAUUCACAAUGAAAAUAUAACUGCCAGAGUACCUAUGAGGGCAGACACAAAAUGUGCAAAAGAUUAUGUUAUUGUUGGUCAAUCUUCCCUUCCCCUCAACAAAGGACUGUAAAGGAUCAGUUUGGGGAGACUGUUGACAAUAACAUAUAUCUGCGCAUUAUUAGUACAUAUCUGAAUUCAUAUAUUUUAUAGACUGGUUUGGCAACCUGAGCAUUAAAAAAGGUAAUCUGGUAGUUAUUUCUGUAAUGUAAUUUCUAAUCAUGACUAUUCAUUCAUUGUACCAAUGCACUCUAUAUAUGUGCUGUAUUAGCUGAUAGCCAGUAUCUUAACCAGUAGGAGAAUCAUGUGAUCAUGUGUAUGAGGUCUGUUUAUUAUUGAAAUAACUUUACGGUGUAUCUGUUUUGUAUUGUAUGUAAUGUAUGUUUAUCCUACCUGCACAAUAAUACCCUUUAUUACGGACAAUAAAAUGUAGCCUAUUCGAUCAA